AUGGCUCAUUUCGUUCCUGCGAAGAAGUCAUUCACAGCAGCAGACACCGUGGAGCUUUUCGCAGACCCCCUUAUCCGCUAUCACGGUUUUCCAGAGGCGCUCAUAUCGGACCGCGACCCCCGUUUCCAGUCGGAUCUUUGGAACCAGCUCUGUCGCCGCUUUAACAUCAAACGGUGCAUGUCCUCGUCCUACCAUCCCCAAAGAGACGGCCAAACUGAACGGGUUAACCGCACACUAGAGCAGAUGCUUCGUACCUAUAUCAAAUCUGACGAACGCGAGUGGGAGCGUUUGCUUCCGGCCCUGGAACUUGCCUACAACACCACAAGUCAUUCAUCCACUGAGCUCUCUCCUUUCGAGGUCAUGAUUGGAGAGAACCUGUUGACUGCUGCGGACCUUGAUAUCGUAGGCGCGUUAGCUCCUACGCUCACUCCUCCGAUGACUAAGCUUUUCCGGCAGCUCUGCGACAGAGCACAGAGUCACAUCCUGGAGGCAAAAUGGCAGCAGAAGUACUACGCAGACACAAAGCGCUGA